AUGCGCAGACACACAGUUCCACAGCAGAAAGUCCGAGUUAAAGAUGAUGAAGACCUCCCGCAUCUUCUCGAUGCGUUGGAUCUCCACCAGAUCUAUGAACCGAUAUCACCCCCGACAAUCAUUCACAGGUCCCCUGAACUUUCAUCCGAAUCGCACAUGUCACGACUCCUGCAUUGGAGAGCUGAGCAGGGUGGUAAACUCGAUGUCUUGCGGGAAGAAGUCUCAUACUUCGUCAUCGGCUUCGAGCUAAAUGAUUUACCAGAUAUGAUAGCUUCCUAUCUUCCUGGCUUUAAAACAGAAACUCUUCCCGGAUCCUUUGGGCAUCUUCUAUUCUCGCUGUUUGGCCCAUUCGAGGAAGUGGCCGAGCUCCAGCGAUCUCUAAACAACAUCCCCGACUAUUUCAAUGACUACAGACACCGAGCAAUGUUUGCAAACAGGAUUCGGAACAUCAACCGCGAGCCAAAGUAUUUCAAGUGUAGUGCUACCUUUGCACCUCAGCUCCCGCCGUCCUGGAACGGUGAAUGGUGCAGGGAAGGCGACGAAAUUUUGUUCUCUCGUGAACUGCGAAUGCUCAGAGACUUGGUGGGACCUUUUCGUGAUACAUCCAGGCCCAUCUACUGGAUCACCGACCGAGUUGAGACUGCCCUGGAGAUGGACAAUGGAUUCCUGGCGUCCAAGGAAUUGAUCGCAGAAUUCAAGGAGGAGCUCUAUGAGACCGCGUGGAAUCGCCGCAAGAACUACACAAUAUAUGACCCCCGUCCAGCCUGGGAUAAACAGCAGAAAGCAACAAAGCAUCUCAGAGAAUACCGCCUACAAACCUGCAAAGGAACACUGUAUUGGGACCGCUGGCCCCCAGUAGAGGAUCAGUACGACAGGAAAGCCCUGACCGCAAGGCAAUCUGUCAUUGACAAUGAUCCGAAAGCCGCUCAAAUCCUCGGCUUCCUACCACCAGAGAACCCUCAACCACCAACAGUCCUGGUCUCAAACCAACCAGGUAUUGAACUCGCAUGCAUCACCGACCUCGACCACUACGACGACCAAAUCAUGAUCAUACUGAUUCGGAUCAGCCAAUGGUUAGCUCUCGCCCGCGGCUUCCCAGCAGUCCAUUUGUUCUGCGACAUCGUCCGACUCUUCACAAUCUACGGCGUCGACGUGGCAAACGCCGUGCAAGUGGAGUUCUGCAAGCAUUUAACUGGCUUGCCGUCAUUCCCCUGGGACCAUGUCGAAUUACCACCGCUGUUUCCCCAUCUGGAACGCGAGAUCGAGGCACAUGAGCUUUGUCCUGAAGAAAUCCGGAAUCAGAGAGUGCGGAACAACUGGGCCGAGCAGCGGUUGAUGAUUUAUCCCUUGCUUUGGUGUAGGGAUGAUAACGCCAUUGCCUGGGAUUACCCCCUGCAGACCCUUGUCUGGGAGGAGAAAGAGGAUGGCCCGGUGCUUGCGCUUAGGUCUCCUCCUUUCCAGGAUCAUGCUAGACACAUUCCCUGGGGUUUGGUUGAUAUGAUGAAGGAAGGCUUGUGGGUUGGUGAUUAUGAAAAUCAUUGGCUGGCGCAAUUCGUGGGGUUCAACAGUGAGUAUUCCGAUGGCCACUCUGAUGAAGAAUGA